AAUUGCCGCUUUGAAGUCUGUUACUGAAGAUGCAGUAGACGCUUGUUGGCAGCAACACCUUGCAAGAGCACCCACCGCUUACGAGCAACAUUUCCCCUGGGAACACUUUCCCUGCUGUGAGUUGUCCACUCGGUAACAGCAGCGUAGCCGCUGCAUUAGAGCAACAUUUAUGACAUUGUGAUGUCACAUCCUCCGCUUACUUGCAUUGUUUUUUUGGUGGCAAAACCAGACAAAAUGCCAAGCAAUUUCUCACUGAAAGAAAAUCUACAGAUUAUCCACAACUGUCGAGCUCUGGGGGCUCCUCAACACCAAGUUGCAGCCAAGUGGGGGUUGCACAGGUUGGCUGUUGGCAGAAUGUGGAAGCAGAAGGAUAAGCACGAAGACAGACCGUCAAAUAGCUGCCGUACGCGUGGGCAUGAAGGGAAAAGCUGCUGAUGUCGGCUAGUCUCUCUUUAUGUGGUUCAAGGAAAAGAUGGCGCAGGGAGUACUACUUGCUGGACGCAUAGUCAAGGAAAAACCCCUUCAGUUUGCUGCUUCCCUGGGGUUGAAUGAUUUUAAGGCAAGUGACGGUCGGUUUAUGAGAUGGAAGAAAUGCUGACUAAAUGGGACUUUAUUUGAAAGGGCUCUGUGACAGAGGACAUGUCAAAAAAAAUGAAAAGCUAGGAGGAGGGAAAGUGCUUGUCGGUGCCAACGUGGAUGGGAGUGACAGACGCCUGCUGGGUCAUUUUGAUCGGGAAGUCAAAAUGACCCAGAUGCUUUCUGAAGGAUUUCAGUAAACUUCCCUUCAGUUGUCAGUUCAGCGAAUGCCUGGAUGACAGGUGAGAUUUUCAUCAACUGGCUGAAAAAGUGGGAUUAUCAGCUUUGCUUGCAGAGCUGUAAAAUAUGCCCCUUCCUGACUAACUGCUCUACACACCCCCAAGGAAUGGGUCUCACUAACAUUCAGCUCAAAUUCUUACCCCCUAAGGCUACAUUUUUGAUGCAACCUAUGGUUCAAGGUGCGAUUAAGAACAUGAAGGGACAUUACCGAUCAAAAAUCACAAACCGGAUUAUUGUUGCUCUUGCUGCAGACCCCGCACAUAUGUUCAGACAGGCCUGAAACUUGAAAAUGUGCUAGAUUGUGUUCAUCUUGGUGCUGCCGCCUGGCAGGAUGUAAAGCCGACAACAAUUUCCAAUUGUUACAGGAAAGGCAAAUGUGUUGCACCAGUGGAAGGUGUGCGAGACGAGGGGAUUGUUCAGGGAGGUCGCCAGUCUUCAAUGAUCCACUUCCAGUCAGCAUGGAAAAAGAGGACUUAGCAGCUGCUGGGGAUGAGGAUUUGCUCACGUUUGGAGAGCUACCCAAUGAGGAAUUAAUACUGAGCUGCAGCUGCUGCAAGGCCAAAGAAACAAGCUUGUGUUGAUGAAACAUAUAAUUGAGAGGAUAAUCAAGAGAGUGAGGACGUCUGACAAACUCCGAGCGGUCGAAGGCUUUGCACACACUCUGGCACUUUUCCCGGGUCGUGGGACUUGGUGACAGAGUCUGCAGGACAUGGAGUCCCAUCUUCAAAACAGAUUUGCUCUGCUUCUUCUCUGUUCUUUCAGCCGAACAGGCAUUGUGGCGUUGGCGGGGCGUUGGCAUGGCUCGCAUUACCCUGGAGGACCUCAAUGGAUUGGACGAUGAGUCCCUUGAUGAAGAUGAGGAGCCAAUGGAUGGGGAAGAACAGAACAGGCUGUUCUCUCAUUGGGAAACAGUGGCCAGCACCCACCAAGUGACCCUUCCUCAAGAGAUGGCGGGUCCCAUCAUGCAGAUGACGCAGCACAGCCAGGUGCGUGAGCCGGUGCCCUACGUCACCCUGCUGCAGCAUGAGAAGUGCGAGGAGCGGCUGUACCCAGCGGGGAAGUGGGCCUGCGUCACCAAGGGGGAGCCGAUGUACGAACAGAGCAGCUCCAUGGGCUUCAUGAAACUCAUGCGCUACAUCUGCAAGGAGAACUCCACAGGCCGCUACCUGGGCAUGACAGUGCCUGUGGUGAACGAGAUCCGCCUGAGUGAGGAGGGCACCGAGCUGCUGCGGGACGUCACCACUACCUAUUACCUCCCAGGGGAGUUCCAGCCCGACCCCCCUCUCCCCACGGACCCUGACAUCCGCAUCAUGGAGAGACAGCCGCUCCGCGUCCUGACCAGAGUUUUCUAUGGGGUGACGACAGAGGAGACGAUCCUCCGGGAGAUCCGCCUUCUCUGGGAGCUGCUGGGCUCCACAGACACCGUGCUGCGGGAAAGCUACAUGGUGGCUGCCUAUGAGAACCCCAGCGUCCCUCAGCGGCGCAACGAGAUCUGGUUCAUCCGGCGGGCAGAAUGA